AUGACGCCACCGCCAUUUAAUCCAUUUGAUCAUUAUGAUAAUAUUGAUAAUAAUAGCAAUCUCAAUUAUCCAGUAAAGCAAUCUGAAUCUUUAUCGCUUACUCUUGGAAAUCAUAAACAAUAA